AUGUCGCUCAGUGACCUAGUAUUAAAUAAAGCGACGGUUAUGUAGAUAGGAGGCAGCGGCGGAUUAUAGCAUCGGCUUGGCCAUUUUAAAUACUACCGGUACAUUCGGAAAGACUUGACAGCGUCGAAAAUCUGCUAAAAAUUCAAGCAUUCAUGCCGCAGUUAAUUAUUUUUGUAUAAUAUUCCGGAUCAUGCUGAAAUCAGAAGGAAAACGCAUAGCAGAAAAUCAUUUGCCUUGAACAGCGCUGCAGUGCGAUCUCUCUGCCUCUCGCUCUUAUUGGAUUUCAUCAGCAGAUCGAUCUACAAUAGCACACCGCAUUGGCUUAUAACUGGGAUAUAUUCUCUCUCGUCGCGGUUUAGUAUAUCGGUUUGGUGUAAGGGAAGUUACUGGUUCGCAGAGGACUGAAUUACAGUUAAACUGGGAUGGACAAUGCCCAUACAAAGACGGUUGAGGAGGUGCUGGGAUAUUUCGGUGUCAACGAGACAACGGGACUGAGCUCUGAACAAUUAAGGAAGAGCAGAGAACGAUGGGGCCCCAAUGAGUUACCUGCAGAAGAAGGUAAGUCACUAUGGGAACUUGUUCUGGAGCAGUUCGAGGAUCUACUAGUUCGGAUUCUCCUCCUUGCUGCCUGUAUUUCCUUUACUCUGGCCUGGUUUGAGGAAGGUGAAGGAACCAUCACAGCCUUCGUAGAGCCAUUUGUCAUCCUCCUCAUUCUUAUUGCCAAUGCCAUUGUAGGAGUGUGGCAGGAACGUAAUGCAGAAAAUGCCAUUGAAGCCCUAAAACAAUAUGAGCCUGAAAUGGGGAAGGUGUACAGACAGGACAGGAAGAGCGUACAGAGGGUCAGAGCCAGGGACAUUGUGCCUGGAGACAUUGUGGAGGUGGCCGUUGGUGAUAAAGUCCCAGCAGACAUCCGACUGACCUCCAUACGCUCUACUACUCUGAGAGUGGACCAGUCCAUCCUGACGGGGGAGUCUGUAUCCGUCCUGAAACACACAGACCCAGUGCCUGACCCCCGUGCCGUCAACCAGGACAAGAAAAACAUGCUCUUUUCUGGGACGAACAUUGCAGCAGGGCGAGCGAUAGGGGUCGUAGUGGCCACAGGUGUGCACACAGAGAUUGGGAAGAUCAGGGAUGAGAUGGCAGCCACCGAUCCAGAGAGAACCCCUCUGCAGCAGAAACUAGACCAGUUUGGAGAGCAACUCUCUAAGGUGAUCACGGUGAUCUGUGUGGCAGUUUGGGGUAUUAACAUCGGUCACUUCAGUGACCCAGUGCACGGAGGCAGCUGGCUGCGUGGAGCUGUGUACUACUUUAAGAUCGCAGUGGCUCUGGCUGUAGCCGCCAUCCCUGAGGGUCUUCCUGCUGUCAUUACCACAUGCCUUGCGCUUGGCACACGCCGCAUGGCCCGCAAAAAUGCUAUAGUCCGUUCCCUCCCAUCUGUAGAGACACUUGGCUGUACCUCUGUCAUCUGCUCCGACAAAACAGGCACUCUCACAACCAACCAGAUGUCUGUCUGCAGGAUGUUCAUUGUGGACAGCGUCGCAGGUGAGAGGUGUUUACUGAACGAAUUUACAGUAACUGGAUCUACUUACGCCCCUGAAGGAGAAGUGUAUAAGGACGGUGUAAUGGUACGCUGCAGUCAGUAUGAAGGGCUGGUGGAAAUGGCCUCUAUCUGUGCCCUGUGUAACGACUCUUCUCUGGAUUACAACGAGAGUAAGGGUGUAUAUGAGAAAGUGGGAGAAGCGACUGAGACGGCUCUCUGUUGUCUGGUGGAGAAGAUGAACGUGUUUGACACAGACCUGAGAGGCCUCUCACCUGCUGAAAGAGCCACUGCCUGCUGUUCAGUCAUAAAGCAGUUAAUGAGGAAAGAGCUGACUCUGGAGUUUUCUCGAGACAGGAAGUCCAUGUCUGUUUUCUGCUCUCCAAACAAACUCACUCGCUCUGCUUCAGGUGCCAAGAUGUUUGUCAAGGGGGCGCCAGAGAGUGUGCUGGAGCGUUGCCGCUGGAUACGAGUUGGAGGUGGUACACGCGUACCGCUGACCUCUGACCUAAGAGAGCAGCUCUUAAGCACAGUAAGAGAGUGGGGCUCUGGACGUGAUACACUUCGCUGCCUUGCCAUGGCAACUAGAGAUUCUCCCCCUGACCCUCGAACCCUGAAUUUAGAGAACUCUGCAGCCUUCACAGAAUAUGAGUCGGACUUGACAUUCGUGGGCUGUGUGGGGAUGCUAGAUCCACCCAGGAAGGAGGUCCUGAAUGCUGUGCGUAUGUGCAGACAGGCUGGUAUACGAGUCAUUAUGAUCACAGGUGACAAUAAGGGCACUGCCCUGUCUAUCUGUCGUCGAGUGGGCAUCAUUACUGAACAGGAGGAAGAGGAGGCUGAAGGUGGGCCGUAUGGCAGCGGCCUCACAGGACGAGAGUUUGAUGAGCUGCCUCCCCACCUGCAGCGACAGGCCUGCCGAACCGCCCGCUGUUUCGCCCGCGUCGAGCCAACGCACAAGAGCCGCAUUGUAGAAUAUCUGCAAAGCCUCAGUGAUAUCACAGCGAUGACGGGUGAUGGUGUGAACGAUGCCCCAGCUUUGAAGAAGGCUGAGAUUGGCAUUGCUAUGGGCUCAGGCACGGCUGUGGCUAAAUCUGCUUCAGAGAUGAUCUUGGCAGACGAUAACUUUUCAACUAUCGUAGCUGCAGUGGAGGAGGGCCGAGCCAUUUACAACAACAUGAAACAGUUCAUCCGUUACCUCAUUUCUUCCAACAUUGGAGAGGUAGUCUGUAUUUUCCUCACCGCUGCUUUGGGAAUGCCUGAGGCUCUGAUCCCAGUCCAGUUGCUGUGGGUCAAUCUUGUGACGGAUGGUUUCCCAGCUACUGCUCUAGGCUUCAACCCUCCUGACCUGGACAUCAUGUCCAGACCCCCGCGGUCACCUAGAGAACCACUCAUUUCGGGUUGGCUCUUCUGCAGAUACCUCAUCAUCGGCUGUUAUGUAGGGGCAGCAACAGUUGGAGCUGCUGCCUGGUGGUUCAUGGCAGCUCAUGAUGGACCAAAGCUUACUUUCUACCAGCUGUCUCACUAUCUGCAGUGCAGUGAAGGUCAUGCUGAGUUUGCAGGAGUGCAGUGCUCAGUGUUCGAGUCUCCAUACCCCAUGACUAUGGCGCUGUCUGUGCUGGUCACUAUAGAGAUGUGCAAUGCCCUCAACAGUUUGUCAGAAAAUCAGUCUCUACUUAAAAUGCCACCGUGGUCAAACCCCUGGCUGGUGGGAGCCAUCUGUCUCUCCAUGGCCUUACACUUCCUCAUCUUAUAUGUGGAUCCGCUUCCCGUCAUAUUUCAGAUCCGGCCAUUGUCUUGGCCCCAGUGGGUGACUGUUCUCAAGAUGUCUCUGCCUGUUAUUUUAAUGGAUGAAGCCCUGAAGUUCUUGGCCAGAAACUACAUUGAGCCUGGCAAUGAACUGCAGCUGGAGGAAGAUGGAAACCCAGCCAGUGGAGUGAUUGGCAAGCUGCGACAGGCAUUUAGGGGUGUGUCUUGGUCAUUUGUGCUUAUUUCUGGCCCAUUGCUGGUCUGGAUCUUCAGCCUGGACUCAGACAUUACCAACAUCUUCUGGGAUUAGAAAGAAUUAGCAUGUGUGUGAUUGUGUGUGUGUGAGUAUUUCUGAGUCAGAGGGAGAGGCAGACAGAAAAGUGGCUGAUGAACAGAAGCAGAGCAAAGAUCCAAUGUAGAACGGUGGUGCUCGGUGUGAAAAACAGAGAGGUAUGAAUGAAAUCUAGAGCAAGACCAGGACAAUCACAAAUAAAGAAUGCUGGGACACGCUAGGGACAGACAGAUGAAGGGGAAUUGAAUUCAGUCUUGUAAAUUGGCAAGUUUUGUGCUCAUGACCACCUUCUUCAGCUAAUGUACAUGCCACUGGUUUUGCAUUCUUCUUCAGAUUUUUUUUUUUCAUUAUUAUUUUCAUUAUUUAUUUUUUUAAAUACACAUACAUCUGUAUUUGGUUUAGAAUAAAAUGUUUUUGUUUUGUUUUUUUCGUUUUACGAAAUGAGCUUUUUAAAGGCUAUGUGUGUAAUUUCUGUAUCACUAGCCACACCAAAUGCCUUAUAUUUAAGGAGCCUAACCAGGUGAGACAUAACAAAACUGCCUCGUCCAUUGGAAUGAAUUUAGUGGGACUACCAUUUUAACUGACCUAUGAACGGUGGUAGAAACGUUUGGUAGUGCUAUUGGCACAGAAAUGACACACUUCCCUUUUAAGCAAUGUAACUAACGCCCCCAAAAACACUAAAAUUGUCCAUCAAAGACUCUCUUUUUUUUUUACCACACACUGUAACAUAUUGCUGAUUUAAUUUUUUUUUUCAUCUAUUAUUUUUCAUCUUUUAUUUAUAAUGAAAGCUAUUUUUGUUGGGCCCUAAAACAUAUUAAUUAAAUGUUUAGGGGUGUAAGUUUUUAAGUCAAAGCAAGUUCAAAAAGUAAAUUCUUUAACAAGAGUGUUUAGAAAAAAAAAAAAAAAAAAACAUGUAGCCUCUGGAGAUAAAUACCAAGUUCCAUUAGUUAUCUGUUUGAUGUUACCUCACUUGGUUGGGAUAAAACACACUUUUUUGUGGCAGAAUACAAUAUCCUUAUCUUUUCUGGCAUUUUCCUUUUGUUAUUUUUUUUAAAUCAGGUCACACUGUCAAUCUAUUUUGUCGUGCCAUUUAAUUAAAUUUUCCUCAGAUUCCCACAGUCAUGUGACUGAAACAUUUUAGCAUCUCACACGGAACACUUCCUUCAGCUGUAACUAUUUUUGAAAACUGUCGCUCUUAUAUGCCUACAGCGAUGCAUCAAUUUUUACGAAAUACUAUUUACAUUAUUCAAACCAUGUGGCUUAUGAUCUUUUAUUCGGGUAUGCCAGCUAAACUGUGCUUCAUUAAAACUCUUUAACAAGUCACAUUUAUUAAACCCUUUUUUCGUUGGAAGUGUCAUGCUGACCAUGAAUCAUUAAUUUCAAAAUAAAGAGGGGAUUUUCAGAAAUAUUUUCAGUUUGAUUGUUUUAGUUCUACUGCUGUGCCUGUAUAAUGGGAAAAGUUGUUUUGCCUGCCUUUUCUCCUUUAAAAGGACCCUCGCCUGAACAUGGGCCAUUUCAUUUUUAUUAAGACCAAACAUCAUUAUUAGGUGUCCGAUCAUUAUAUUCUGGUCAUCAGGCGGAUGCUGAAAACUUUUGGCAAUAGCAUCUGUACUUGAUCCGAGCCCAAAAAAUGCUCUCUGGAGUUCCAGGAUUGGUUGAUGAUUACUUGUUGUUAAGAACAGAGUAAAACACUGAGUCGAAUUUCAUAAAAAUGUGUCAAGUUCAAGGGGGAAAAAGGGACAUGUUCAUGUUCAUCAUCAGUUUAUUCCAUGUCACGUUUCCCUCAUCCGUCUCUGAGUCUUACUGUUUGUUUUUCUAUAAAAAACCAUUCUAUAAAAAUGAGCUUUAUAAAAGAGUAACAACCCUGUUAUUUCUAUUUCUGUCGUUUAGAUUCUAUUUAUUUCCUAUUUCUUGAAAAACAACACCUUUUGAAUUUUGUAGUAUUUUGUUAUUCAUACAGUUGAUACCAUAACUGUCACGCUGUUUCAUUAACAGGGAAAUGGAAACUGCUUCAUGAAAUGGAAAAUAAACUCUUGAUUUGAAAUUCA